CGGAGCACCCGCCACCGACGGACAUCUGCGGUCGUGCCGACACAAGCGUGUGUCCGGGGACAGGCAGUCGCAGAGAUGAGCGUCGAGAGGCUGGUGCCCGCGGUCCUGGUGCUCUCUGCAGUCGCGUGCUCUAUGGCGCACGACGAGCUCGCCUUCCUCGGCACGCUGCAGCUGGCCCACGUGGUGUUCCGACACGGUGCCAGGUCGCCGGUCGUCUCCUACCCCAGCGACACCCUCACCGAGGACCAGUGGGGAGUCAAGUGGGGCCAGCUGUCCCAGCUGGGCGAGGAGCAGCAGCUGGAGCUGGGCGCCUACCUGCGGAGGCGCUACGCCAACUUCCUGCCCGCCAAGCACAGCAGCGAGGACGUGCUGGUGAGGAGCUGCGACGUGGACCGCGCGCUCGUCAGCUCGGCGAUCCUCGCGCGCGGCCUGUACCCGCCGCCGCCGGACCGGCAGCUCAGCGCCGUCUACUGGCAGAGCGUCCCCGUGCACGCGGUGCCCGAGGAGGGCGACCAGUUGCUCCCGGUUUUCGCUUCUUCGUGCCCCGCCUUCCAACUGGAGGUGGAACGAGUGAACCGCUCCCUCGAGUACCAGUGCUUCAAGAACCGCACCUCGUACUUGGAGGAGUUCUCCACCAGAGCGAGCGGAGCGACGGCCAUGGUGCUCCACGACAGCCUCAAGAGCAAGGCCUACCACGGCGAGAAGCUGCCCUUCUGGAGCCGCGGCGUGUUUCCGCAGCCCUUGUCCCAGUACAACGACUGGAACGUGUUCUUCGGCGUGGCCUGCACGGCGCCGCUUCGUCGGAUGUUCGUCGGUCGCCUGGUGCACGAGAUCCUGGAGCACACGCAGCUGAAGGCGGAGCGCGCGCUGCGGCCCGACAGGAAGCUGUUCCUGUACGGCGCCCACGACACCAACCUGCUGGCGCUGCUGUCCGUGCUGCGCGCCUGGAACGGCGAGCUUCCGCCCUUCUCGGCCUGCCUCAUGGUCGAGCUGCGGCUCAACCAGCGCCAGGAGCACGUCGUCACGGUGUCGUACAAGAACGACACGGCGCGGCCUCCUCACGUGCUGAAGCUGCCGGGCUGCCGCUCCAUCGCCUGCUCCAUCCAGGAGUUCGCCGCCGUCGCGAGCCCCGAGGCGUUCGACGAGAGCGAGUGCGAGGACAGACCCGACCCGCAGCUGCCGCUCGUCUUCCACCUGCCCGCCAGACAUCUUCGUGAUGAAUGGAAACAGUGCUUCGAUGUUAAGUGACACGUUCAUCAUCGUGCAACCUCGUGUAAGUGUAAGAGAAGAUAUCAUCAUUGCAAACUGUAGAAGACUGAAUAUAUUUAAAAAGAAGAUUUGUGUUACACAGUUAUUUUACAGAUCGUGAAUAAAAAUACCGUUCACAACAAAAUAGAGUGCAUUACUAAUGAGACAUUUAUUUCUUGUUACGAACAUGGUGUACAAAGUUAUGAAAUAAAACAAUAUGUUUCUCCACUUA